CUCCGCCACCGUCGCCGCGUCAGCCGUCAGCUCGCACUGCUCGCAGCUCGCAGUCUCGUUCGGCGAGCGUUCGUCGUCACUCGUCGGUCGAAGGAGGUCGCAGCUGGUGGGCGCGCGGGUGUGGAGGUGAAAAAGUGGAGAACGUACCUCGGAGCGGAAAUUUAUUUUUUCACGACGUGCGGGGAAAAAAGUGCGAGCGGGAAAAACACAGGCAAGAGGAGCAAGAGUAGCAGAAUGUUGAGUGCGUGAAAGGGUGAAACGAGACGAGAGAAGAAGGAGCCGAAAAGCAGACUUGGAGCCGGAAAAUGCGGGCGCGACACGUCGUGGCAGUCCUGGCCACUCUAUUGGCUAUCACUCAGGAAACUCCCCAGAAUUCCAGACAUCAAAACUAUGAGGAGCAUCCUCGCGAGGCCUACUUCAACGGCUCGGCGUUCCUGAAAUUGAGCUCCUUUGUAUCGGUGCACCGUCACAGCGGCCUCAGCUUCCGCACGUGCGAACCCGGUCGACUAUUCCUACAGAAGUACGAUGACAAUUCGAUUAGUCUCGAGGUGACACCCGAGGGACUGCUCUUCGUGGCUGUGGUCGAUCAGCAGAGAUAUGGAGCCAGACUAAACGCCAGGUUGCUCAACAACGCCUGGCACAACGUCAAUUUGCUCUUUAGGCUUGGCAAUCUCACCCUAAAUGCCGCGGGGCACACACAGAUGGUUGCGAAUGCGACUUACAAUUCCGCCAUCCUAACGCUUCCCGAUUAUGACGUGAACAGUUCGCUCAUAGUCGGCGAAGGGUUCAAAGGUUGCGUCUUGCAAGGGCCCGGGAUUCUCUUCAACAACAGCGUCAAUAAUGGGGCCGUUUUCGGACCCUGCCCGUUGGAUACCAAAGGAUGUGGAACGAAGGGCCACGGGGGUAGCACAGGGGCACCUGCUGCUACGGCCCCCACUAUGGAUUUCUGCCACAACGAGCCAUGCAUGAUGCACGGUAAAUGCGUGUCGCGGCAGAAUCGCUACGAGUGCCGCUGUUACGCCCGAUACUCCGGCAACAACUGCGAGAUUGACAAUGGCUCACCCUGUCAGAACGGACCUUGUCGUAACGGCGGUAUCUGUAGCGAAGAUGCGCGCGGUGACUUCAGUUGCAGUUGCAAGCCCGGAUUUACUGGCGGCUUUUGCGAAUCUCAACUGGGCGUACGAUUAUGUGAACAGAAUCCGUGUAGAAACGAUGGCAUUUGUAUAGCGCUAACAGACAGCGAGUACAAGUGCCAGUGUCAGGCUGGUUGGACUGGAAAGAAUUGCGAAAAUAAUAUUAACGAAUGCGCUUCGAAUCCGUGCAAGAACGGUGGCAUCUGCAUCGACGGGAACAAUAAUUAUACCUGCAGAUGUAACAGCACCGGCUAUGAGGGCAUCAACUGCGACGUGGACAUCGACGAGUGUCAGCCGAACCCGUGUCAGAACAACGGCGUAUGCUAUGAUUAUUACGGUGCCUACAUCUGCCAUUGUUCGGCGGGCUUUGAGGGUCAGAACUGCGAGUUUAACUUGAACGAGUGCUUGUCCGAACCCUGUGCCAACGGCGGCAAAUGUGUUGAUGAUGUGGGCACUUACCAUUGCGAAUGCCUCCCAGGAUUCAUGGGUCGCCAUUGCGAGCUGAGGGGCCUCUGCGAAAACGCGGCCUGUCCUCCUAACAGCAUCUGCGUGGAGGAUGCUCAUGGACCUCAAUGUGUCUGCAAUCCCGGUUUCAUGGGUAAUCCUCCUAAUUGCACUGUCAACUAUUGCGCCAGCAACCCCUGCGCCAACGGUGGCACUUGUACCAGCGGCAGAGAUGGUUUCAGCUGCACCUGCCCGUCUGAAUGGAGAGGAAAGAACUGUCAGAUCGACAUAGACGAGUGCCUAUCGCAGCCAUGCCAAAAUGGUGGUACCUGCAUCGACCGUGUCAAUGGAUACAUCUGUAACUGCACCAGAGACUUCGUGGGUGAUAAUUGCGAACGGGAAUACGAUGCAUGCGUCGUAAAUCCUUGUCAGAAUAAUGGUACUUGUACGCUGAUGCCAAGAUCAAAGAGAGAAUUUGUUUGUGAAUGUCCACACGGUUUCGAGGGCAAGGUGUGCGACGUGAAUAUCGACGAUUGCAUUGGCGUGGUGUGUCCGGAUGAUAAGGUUUGCGUUGACGGGAUUGCUGGUUACGAAUGCAAAUGCCCUGAGGGCUACAGAGAUCCGAAUUGCACGUUGAUUGUAGAUCACUGUGCGACAAAACCGUGCGACCAUAACAGCACGUGCAUCGACCUCGGCGAGCACGGCUUCGAGUGCCAGUGUGCAGAAGGCUUUCAAGGUCAGUAUUGUGAGCUUGAUGUGAACGAGUGUGAGUUGCACGGUAAUUCCCUGUGCAACUAUGGGAUUUGUAUCAAUACCGAUGGUGGCUACAAUUGCUUCUGCCGGCCGGGCUUCUCCGGUGAUCAUUGUGACAUCAACAUCGAUGAGUGUUUGUGCGGCCCAUGCAAGAAUAAUGCUACGUGUCGCGAUAGCAUCAACAUGUUUCAAUGUAUAUGUCAACCCGGUUACACCGGCAAGACCUGCGAGAUAGACGUGAACGAGUGCGACAGCGAUCCGUGCCACAAUGGGGCGCAGUGCGUAAACGGUAUAGCAUCGUACAUGUGCGUGUGCCCGGCGGGUUUCCUCGGUGCUAAUUGCGAGAUCAACGUCGACGAAUGCGAAUCGUCACCCUGCAUGAAUCAAGGAAAGUGCAUCGAUGGUGUAAACGACUACACAUGCGACUGCAGUGAUACUGGUUUCGAGGGUCCACAUUGCGAAAAUAAUAUCGACGAAUGUUUGUCGCGGCCGUGUGUAAAUGACGGGCUAUGUCUGGACGAUAUCAAGAGUUACAAAUGUCAAUGCUAUUCCGGUUACACUGGUAAGAACUGCGAAGUGGACGUGAAUGAAUGUGAGAGUUCGCCCUGUCAGUACAAUGGCACUUGCCUUGAGCGAUCAAACAAAGACCUUUACAAGAGCGAAGCCCUGAACUUACCUGCGAUCUUCACUCAGGAGUUUAGUUACGCCAAUGCCAGCGGGUAUGAGUGCCUCUGCGUGCAAGGUGUCACCGGCAAGAAUUGUGAGGUAAACAUCAACGAGUGUGACAGCAAUCCCUGCGGUCCAGGUACAUGUAUGGAUCGUAUCGGCGGUUACACCUGCGAGUGUGACGAGGGCUACGAAGGAGAUCACUGCCAACACGAGAUUGACGAGUGCAAGAGAUACAAUCCCUGCGAGCAUGGAGUGUGCACCGACGCUAAAGCCGACUAUUUUUGUACCUGCGAGCCGGAGUACGGUGGCAAAAAUUGCUCGGUGAAGCUGAUGGGAUGUCAGGGCAAUGCCUGCCAGAACGGUGGCACUUGCUGGCCUUACCUAGUCGAUGAGACCAUCCACAAGUUCAACUGCACCUGCCCCAACGGCUACCAUGGCGAAGUUUGCGAUUAUCGCUUCUGGCGGAAGGAGGUGACGACGAUGUCUCUAAGCGGCAGCUCGUACGUCUUAGUAAACACGACGCGCGAUGAGGGCUACGAUAUCCAAUUUCGCUUCAGGACUACCCUGCCGAAUGGUCUCCUAGCGAUCGGUAGAGGUGUGACCAUUUAUAUUCUCCAGUUGGUAAACGGCAAACUCAAUAUACACUCUAGUAUAUUGAAUAAAUGGGAUGGAGUCUUCGUCGGUAGUGGACUCAAUGACUCCAACUGGCAGAAGGCCUUCGUGGCGAUCAACGCGACUCAUCUCGUUCUUUCGGCCAACGAGGAACAGACUAUUUACCCCAUCAGUCCGAACGAAGGCUCCAAUUCAUCGAAUCACACAUCCUUCCCUACGACUUUUGUAGGUGGGAGUCACAUCAGCUCCUUCAGCUUUCUGAGAAGACUGUCCCGCUUACCCUCGUUCACUUUCUUCGUCGGCUGUAUGGAAGACGUCGUCAUCAACGGCGAAUGGGUUUACUCCGGCACCACGUCGAAAACCGUAUACAUGGAGGAUGUGGAAUCGGGCUGUCCUCGCGAAGCUCAGUGCUUACCUAAUCCUUGUAAGAACGGCGGCCAUUGUACCGAUCGUUGGCGCGACUUCUAUUGCAAGUGCGAGCGUCCUUAUCUCGGUCACACCUGUCAGUACAACAUGACAGCCGCUACUUUCGGCUACGAGAAUAUCACGAAUGGUUACGUGACCGUAAGAGUUAGCGAUGCUGUCAGACGUACCGUCAGCUCGGUCGUCGACAUCUCUAUGUUCAUCCGCACACGGGAGAGCUACGGUGAUAUUUUCUAUCUGGGCACGGAACCGGAUUCUCAAGUCGAUCAAAAGCCCCAAGAGAAGACCUACAUAGCGGCGCAAUUGGAAGGCGGGGAACUGCUUGUCAGAAUCCAGUUUAACGGCACGGAGGCCUACACCGUCGGCGGCGUGAAGCUUAACGAUGGAAACAACCAUCUGAUUCAAGUAGCGAGAAACGUUACCCUCAUCCAAGUGAAGAUCAACGGCACCGAAUACUUCCGUAAGACCAUCAGUGCCACGGGAGACCUGAACGUGACCAUUCUUUAUCUAGGAGGACUACCUCAAGCAUCGCGAUACAUUCGUCAAGUCGAUAGCAGGCAGAUGGAAGUGCAACAAGUGCCGCAAAUUAACUUCAAGGGCAUUAUCCAAGACGUGCAGAUCUCAAAUGGCACGAGAACGAUGGUUGUAGAAUUCUUCCCGCUAAAGGCACAAGAUAUUCCUGCACUUGUUCAGUUCGGCAAUGUCUCCUUCGACUCUGAAAAGGUCCUCGAAGGCGUGGUGUCGGAUGAUGUAUGCGUGAGCAGUCCAUGCAAUCAUAAUGGCACGUGUCACGUAACGUGGAACGACUUCUGGUGCCAGUGCCCGCGCGGUUACACCGGCAAAACCUGCCAGGAGAUGGAAUUCUGUCAAUUGCAAGACUGCCCGACGGGUUCACGCUGCCAGAAUCUCGACGAUGGUUACGAGUGCAUCGCCAAUGCGACCUUCGACGGUGUUUCCACUGCCUUCACGUACGCGUAUGGUCGCGCUACGGAUGCUGCCAGUGACCUACCACUCGACACCAUCGAAAUCACUUAUCGAUCUAACACCGGUGGCACGGUGCUUCACAUGGCGCCUCAUAUGGGUGACCAACAUUUCACCGUGUCCGUUUUCAGGGACACCGUCACUGUGUCCUGGCGGCUCGAUCUAGAAAACCAGGGUAUCGUCGCCUUUGGUAAGAGCCAACCCGACGGGAACUGGACUUCGCUGCUCAUCAGACUAAACAACAAUUCUGUGGAAUGCGGUUACGCUAAUCCUACUGAAGAGCAGCCUCACGUGGGUCACAACUUCAGCUUCCAACUAUGGUACGAUUUACUGGUGAGAGGAACAGUCACUCUCGGUGGACUUUCUUCCAGUGCCUUAUCCGAUAGGCACGCUUAUUUUAUUGGAUUUAGACAGAGAAAUGGAAUCGAAGGCAAUAGCGUGGAUUAUAAUGAGCACAGACUAACGACCGCUAUGCCCCCGCAUAGUAUGAUAUCCGGAGAACCGUUUAAGGGUUGCCUCGGCGAAGUACGUAUCGGUAGCAUGUUGCUACACUACUUUACGUACGAAGAGGUUUAUCAGAACGCGAAUUUCACCCCAUUGGAGUUCCUGGAGUUGCAGGGUAACGACAACGCCACUCAUCGCGACAGUAUCGGCUGCCAACUGUGCUUCGAUACGGAUUGCAAGAACGAUGGUUAUUGCUUUGAUAAGGUCAACAGCUACGUAUGCGAGUGUCCCGCGGGUUAUGCCGAGGAUGACUGCUCUUUUAAUAUCGACGAAUGCGUCGACAACAAAUGCCAGAACGGUGCGACUUGCGUCGAUGGUAUCGCCAAUUACACUUGUGUGUGUAAGAAUGGCUGGCAGGGAUGGCUAUGCGAUAGCGACAUCAACGAGUGCGUAACGCUGAGUCCGUGUCAACACGAUGGCGUAUGCGUGAAUCUGCCGGGCUUGUUCAGGUGUGAGUGCCCCGAUCAAUUCACCGGCGAACUGUGCGAAAGCUUCCGGCUGAUCACCUGCGAGAACGAGCCGUGCAAGAACGGCGCGACCUGCAUGAACGUGACGAAUCCAAAGACGAGUGACAACUUCACCUGUAACUGCAUGCCCGGCUACGACGGCCCAACCUGUGACACGCCCUAUUGCAUCAAAAGGAAGUGCGAAAACGGGGGUAGAUGCCAAUUCCUAUAUAAUCAGAUUCCGAAAUGCAUCUGUCCUCUCGGUUACUCCGGUAUGACCUGCGAGACCAACAUCGAUGACUGCGCACCGGAUUCUGAAGGCAAUGUGCCCUGCAAGAACGACGGCAAGUGCUACGACGGAGUGAACAAUUUCAUAUGCGACUGCCAAGGCACCGGAUAUACCGGGGUCGAUUGUUCCAUCGACGUAGACGAGUGUCAGGAUUUGGAGAUCGAUUGCGGACACGGUAAAUGCGAGAAUCUACCUGGUAUCUAUCAGUGUAACUGUGACGACGGUUAUUGCGGCUACAAUUGCGGCAUGGAGAAUCCCUGUCAGGAGAGUUUCUGCCACAACGGUGGCACAUGCGAAUGCGCCGACGAUGGCGGAUACAUAUGUCGAUGCACUCCUGAUUACACGGGACGAAAUUGUACAGAGCCGGAAAAUAAUUAUUUAGGCUUAGGCAACCAAGCCCUCGACAUAAUGGUAAUUGUAGGCCCGAUCGUGGGCUGUCUUCUCCUGAUUGCCAUCGGAUCCCUUGUAGCGCUCUUCAUGAUGGCAAGGAAAAAACGUGCAACACGUGGCACGUACAGUCCGAGUGCUCAGGAGUUUAGCAAUCCGAGAGUGGAGAUGGAUAAUGUAAUGAAGCCUCCACCGGAGGAGAGAUUGAUCUAAUCGAAUGACAGUCGGAAGGAUAUUAUAAUUAGGUGAUGCGAGUGAAUUUCGAUAGGUGGAAGUUGCUUUUUGAAAGAGCAGAUUCCGUUUUGUGCGAAAGAAAGAUAAUAAGAAUAAAAUAGUAUUAUUUAUUUAUUUUUAAUUAAAUUUAUAAUUAAUCUAUUUAAUUAUGAAUUUCUUUGCUCAUAAUUUUGCUUAGAGCUGCAGAUUUUUUACAAAGUUUAAAUCUUUCCAUAUAUCGAAGGUUAUUUGCAUAGCCUAGUCUUCCGAAAAUGUGAUUCAUCAUUGCGAAGAUUUUCGACUGAAAGCACGCAGAUCGCUCGACGAACAGUCAAGUCGAUGACGUGAAACGAUUACUGAUCGCGUCUUCUAGUCCUCACUGUUUCGUCGUUACAAAAAAAUAGACGAAUUAGAAGGAAGGAAUGAAUUUAUUGUUAGAGAUUAAAUUUCAGAUCCUUUAAAAAUCGAUUAGAAAAUUUCCAUCAAGUCUUUUUAAUUCAUUGCCUGUGAGAGAAUUGUAUAGGCAAUGAUUCUAAGAUUAGUAAUAAAAAUAACACACAUUUUUUUGCAACGACACAUUUUUUGACAAUCCUCCCGAGGGAGGAUGAUUAUCAUUCAAGUAGGUUUAAAAACUUGGUAUUAUGUUGGAACCUACUAAUAAAAUCAACGUUUUGUUUCGAGCUUUCUGAGCAAUGUAUAGAGUGUCUCGGAGAAAGAAUAUAUUCAUUACAUGCAUGAGUAUAUUUUCUAAAUAAUUUGUAUUUAAAAAAUCGUAUUUUAAGGAUAGUAAUUCCUUUAGUUGAAUUCGAGGGACCAAUGAUGAUGUUCUGAGAUUCGAGAAUUCGAGGAUUUAGAAGUACAAUUAUUCUAAAGAUUCGACAAGCUCCAAAAGCUAAGAAUCUAAAAAAAUCCACAGAUUCUAAAUUUAAGAAUUCUAAGAAUCAAAAGGCAAAGGGAAAAAAUAUUUUAGCAUCAAAUAAUGCUCGAAUAAAAAGGUUUUAUCGAGUAAAAAGGUGAUCUAUGCCUCUCUCUCUCUCUCUCUCUCUCUCUCUCUCUCUCUCUCUCUCUCUCUCUCUCUCUCUCUCUCUCUCUUUCUCUUUCUGUUUCUCUGGGACACCCUGUAAACGACACGCGUAAAAUAAAUCACGUAGAUUAUAAUGAAGUGUACUUAAAGCUCUCAGAAGUGUCCUUAAGACGUUAAGCAAUACUCGAAGGAGGCGAAUCCGAGCAAACAGACCCGUCCAUUUUAGUGCCUAAUCUAUACUCUGCUUAAAGAGAUAUUAUUUAUAAGUUGCGAUGCAUGCAAUAUCGAUGGACGAGAAGAAACAGAGGAAGCAAGCAGGACGAUAUUCCAAAAAAGCUUACGACUUAAACACAUUUGAGAUCUCGAGAAUAAUGCAUAAUGUUCUUACACUUGCAAAAGAAUAGGUGAAUUAAAGGAAAUUUACAUAAUCUGUGUGUGUAAAUUUUCAAAAACUCUAUAUAAAGAUCCAAAUUCUUAAUUCCUUAUUGCCUUGAUUAUUUGCUUUCCUCUAAUUAAAUUUUAAUAAUUUAAUAAUAACUUUCUCUUGGAAAUUUAAUUUUAAUUAUUUUUUUAUUUAAUCUCUCUAUUUGAUUUUGUUCCAAUUUUAACUCGUUUCGAUUCCUAUCUCAUUUUUAAUACCAUUUAUUUUUAAACUUCUCAUCAGAGGUUCAAUAAGAUAAAUAGAAUAGAAUAGAAUAUAUUCUAUUCUAUUUCAAUUUUAACGUAGUUUCUUCGAUACAAUUUUAGUUUAGAUUUUUUAUUAAUUUAAUUACAAUAAAGUUCCCUUUUAAUUUGCCUAUCUUCGCAGGAAUUAUAUAUAUGUUAAGUUUUAAAUAUUGUCAAACAGCGACACAUAUUUCGACUUAUUGUAAAAAAAACGUCGAUACUGUCGAGCGUUUCCGAUAUCAGCGUAAGAAAGGAAAACUCUGAACGCGCACGGAAAAACUCACAUUAUUACACGCCUGUUAAUUUUGUACAUAGACAUAGCUUGUAAGCCGAAAAGAUUAUUAACGACUUUAUCAUAUUUAGGAUUUUAUAUGACUAUUAAGUAGAUAUUUAACGAUAACAAACGUAUUAAUCAAUACGUACUUAUACCACGACCAAAGUAGCGACGAGGCGAUAUCUUAUAUUAUAAGAUUUUACUCUGUAAAAAUCAUCUUGCGAUUUUAUAAGCGUUUGAUUUUUCAUUUAUAAAGCAUUUGUGUUCAAGACUGAGUUCCGAGCGUCUGAAAUAAGAGAAAUAACGAAAAAUUCAGAUAUAUAUGUAACAUACCGAAUAUAUAUAUACUAUAUACACAUUC